AUGCACAGUUCAAUGGGAAAUCAUUUAAAAGGACUUGCAUUUCAUGAAAAAUCCUUCAGAAUUCAAGAAAUAUCUCUUCCACCUAAUCAUCCUGAUAUAGCUAUGAAUUACAACAAUAUUGGUUCGGUACAUAAUGCAAUGGGAAAUUAUACAACUGCAUUAUCAUUUUUUCAAAAGUCACUCGAUAUUCGAAAAAAAUCUCUUAGCAAAGAUCGUAUCAGUUUCACUAAUAUAUAUGAUAACCAGGGUUCUAUUUAUAAUUCAAUGGAUGAUAAAUCGAUUGCACAAUCUUAUUAUCAGAAAGCUUUCGAUAUUCGUCAACAUUCUCUUGGUGAAAAUCAUCCCGAGAUGGCUAAUAGUUAUAAUAAUCUUGGUACAAUUCAUAGUUCAAUCGGCGACAAAUCGAAAGCACAUGUUUGCUAUGAAAAAGCACUUGAAAUUCAACAGAAAUCUCUUUCAAAUAAUCAUCCGGAUUUAGUUAACAUCUACAAUAACAUUGCAAUACUGGAACAAACACUUUCUCUUGAUGAUCUAUCCUUGGAAACAACUUAUAAUAAUAUUGGUGUCGCUUAUGGUUCUAUGGAUGACAAAACAAAUGCUUUGCUAUUUUAUCAAAAAGCAUUAGCCAUUCAGGAAAAAAUAUUUAGUCCUAAAGACACAUCAUUAGUUCCAAUAUACAGUAGCAUUGUAUCAAUUUAUUCACCUAUGGAAAUGAAAACAGAAGCUGCUCAAUUCUAUGAGAAAUCACUCCAUAUUCAAGAAUCAUUACUAUCUCCUAAUUAUUCAUCGAUGUAUGUGAUUCAUUUCAAUACAGCAAGAACAUAUGGAGAUCUUCAAAAUUAUGACGCAGCUUUUACACGUGCCGAGCGUUCUCUCUUUCACGCUCGUUUGGCUUUCGGUUCCGGCCAUGAAAAAGUGCAAAAUGUUGAAAGAUACAUUAAUAUUCCACGUUCAAAAUAA